AUGGACAACUUCGAACCCGCGUCGCCGGGUGUGCCACACGCCCCCAACCACGACUCCAUGGUGACUGUCUCCCUUUCCGAUAUCCAGUCCAAUUCAGAGCACACGCAACCGGACUGGCGUACUCUCGACAUCCCUCCGACACCUGUCCUGGCGACCCAGGAGUCGGAAGCCAUCAAGAGCAAGACCGAGUCAUUUGGGCCCAUGGCCCUGCUAGAUGCCGCAAGGACGACCCCCAUUCCCGUCGACGAGCCUCCGACCCCAACCUCAGCAGACCCCAGACAUGUGAACGCCGAGCAGCCAGGAGAAGAGGAUAGCGAAGUAGAUUGGGAGAAUCUGGAUCGAACAGAGGAGCAGGAGCCGCGUGGAGAGGGAUCGGACGAUUCAACGGCUCUACUGCUCGCUCGCCUGGAGCAAGAGAACAAUGCACUCGCUACCAACCCCAAGUCGGGGUUAUCCAAUACCCCUCGCAUCCAGCGGCACCAGCGACAAUCUCGUUCGCAGUCGCUCGUCCAGAUCAAGAAAUUGAUUAAUGAACCUCCGCGGUCGGAGCUGCGUUACUCGCAACUCCAACCCCCUCCGAUGACCGAGCUAGAAUUUUGGGCCGCCCUGGUGGCAGAUUACCCGCAGACAGCUCAGCGACUGCCUACUUUGACGUCUAAUAAGAUCCAACAGGGUGUUCCUCCGCCGCUCAGAGGCGUGGUUUGGCCUAGCUUGGCCGGUGCUCGUGAUCCAACCCUGAUAGAGGAGUUCCAGCGAUUGUCUGGCGAAAGCAGUCCCUACGAUGGUCUGAUUGGCAAGGAUAUCGGUCGCAGUUUUCCUAAUGUUGAGAUGUUCCGAGAUCCUAAUGGCGAGGGCCAGCAAAUGCUGGCUCGAGUUUUGAGGUGUUUUAGUUUGUAUGAUGCCAAGAUUGGCUACUGCCAGGGUCUUGGCUUUGUCGUUGGGCCGUUAUUGAUGCAUAUGUCCGAUGCAGAGGCUUUCUGUGUGCUUGUCCGACUGAUGGAGCAUUAUAACCUUCGGACCUGCUAUCUCCCAGAUCUGUCAGGCCUUCACCUUCAUGUCUACCAGUUCCAAAACCUCCUGGCAAGGCAUCGCCCCGAGCUUUUCCAACACCUGGAGUUGUUGAAUGUUGAGCCAGUGUAUGUGUCUCAGUGGUUCUUGUCGUUCUUCGCAGUGGCCUGCCCAUUGCCAAUGCUUCUUCGAAUUUACGACGUAAUUUUCCUUGAGGGUGCCUGUGAAACCCUGAUGCGAGUUGCACUGUCUCUGAUGCAGCGCAAUGAGAAACGCAUUUUGGCCUGCACCGAGUUUGAGGAUGUCAUGCAGUUACUGCUGUCACGCAGCUUGUGGGACACAUACGCUUUCAAUGCCGAUGACCUUGUCAAUGACUUUGUUUCUCUGACUUCCCUCGUCACCAACGAGAGUCUCCAGGCCCUCGAAGUCAGCUACAACCAGUCCCAGGGUGUACCCACUGGAAUUUCCUUUCCUCAGAUGCAAGCAGCUGCAUCUCGGUUCCUCGGUCGACUUUGGGCGGGAUCCAGUUCUCACAAUUCUGUCAAAUCUCUCAACCCAAACACAAGUCCAUCGCGUCCCGCUAGCACCAUUCGUCGCUCUACAUCUAAACAGAGCUUGACUUCGACCUUGAAUUCUGUGGAGUCAGCAUCUGACGCGAGUACAGCCCCAACUGAGCUAUCAGCGACGGUUAACAGUGAUCAGAAGUCACGCAAAUCCAAUAUGUCGGCGCACCACAAAGACCGUGAUCUACACACGCAGAUCGAGGAUCUGUUGAUGGCACUGAGCGACCUCCAACGUCAACAAGCUGAUUUGACACGUGAACUACAACAGGAACGGGAGGAACGCGAAGAAGAACAGUCCUUGGUAAAGGAUAUGCUCAAGCACAUCCAAGAGCAGCCUGUCGAAUCACAGCCCCAAGAACUGAUCGCAAAAGCGCAAGCUCGCUUUGCAACCAGUGAACCCAAGGAAGGCUCAAUCUCCCAAACCAAACAGCAGCUUUACGAUGAUAUGACUCGAUGGAAGGAAAUGCACGAGUUGGAAGCCAGCCGUGGUCUAGACCUGACACGGCGCAUGGAUGACUUUGAGAAGGAGAAUGCCUCACUCAAAGAGCAGUUGCGCGAAGCUCGCAGCCGAAUCCAAGAUGGAUACCGCGACCGCCAGCGACUGGAGCGUCUGAACAAGGAACUGCGUGCACUCAAGAUGCCCGAAUCAACACCCCCGCCCGAGGCUGCCUCCGCAUCCGCUGAUUCCGAGUCGGCUUCCCCCACUGGCGGGCUCCGUGAACUGAGACUGGUCCGGACCAAUUCGCAUAAGACCCCGACCUUCAACAAGCGCUCAAGCAGCUUGGGUCUUCAGACCGUGCUGGCCACCGAGAACAACAAGCCUGCCGCUGAAGAUUCUCUCCUGCUGGAGUUGGUCAACGCCAAGACUGCCGAAGCCGUUGCCAAGCAGGAGCUCGAGGAAGUGAAGGGCAAAUUGGAUGCAUUGCGAAAGAUGAUCAGUAAAACCCAUUCUCAGCAGGGCGCCAACCUCGAGAACCGCCAUUCCUUCCUCGGCUAUUCGCCUUCUCAAGCUAGCAUCUCCCAGUCCGCCACCGAGCCUGUCAGAACCCCUGGAACUUCCAGUAAUGUUGGCGCAGGCGGUGGUGGUUUCUUCAGCGGAUGGGGCCGACGAGCUCCGCCCGCAAAUAAUGAGUCCCCGUCAUGA